CUGGAGAUUUCAGAGAAACCAGCUGAUAAGAAGAAAGGGGCCAAGCGCAUCAUGGGCUUCCUGGGGCUGCAGCCCCCGGCGCAGUUCCUCAUUCCCCUCGCCCUGGGGCCUCAGGCUCGGUGGAGCUCAGCACUGGGGUGCUGGUGGCAGCACUGAGGGGACCCCACUGCCCCAUCAUGGCAUCCGCUCUGACCGUCCUCCUCCUUGGCUGCUGGCUGGCCGGGCACAGCGGGGUGUGGGGAGAGCCCAGCUACCCCAAACCCAACAUCUCCCUGCUGAGCCCCAGCUGGGGGGUCUCCCUGGGGGGAGCCGUGACCGUCCAGUGUUGCAGCCAGCACGAGGGCCUGCAGUUCGUGCUGAAUAAAGAGGGACGCCGUGUCCAAAUUGUGAAUUCAGACUUUCUCGCUCUGUUUCUCAUCAACAACGUGAGCCGGGAGGACGGCGGGAGCUACAACUGCUCCUAUCACAACCAAUCGGAGCCGUCUGCCAUGUCAGACCCCAGCGACCCCAUGGAGCUGGUGGUGAGAGAUCCCGGCUUACCCAGACCCUCCAUCUCCCUGAGCCCCACCGGGGUCACCGUCCCAGGGGCAGACGUCACCAUCCGGUGUCAGGGGCAGCGCCGGGACGUGAGGUUCUUCCUGCACAAGGCUGGAGACCGGAACCCGCAGCAACACAUGGGCCCUGCUGAGAACGUGGCCGAGUUCCACAUCCCCAGCAUGGGCCGGCAGCACGGAGGGAACUACAGCUGCAGCUACCGGCUCCGGUCAGAGCCCUUCGUCUCCUCGCUGCCCAGCAACACCGUCGACAUCUUUGCAGCAGGGCGCCUGGAUUUCACCUACACCAACAUCGCCCGCCUGGUGCUGAGCGCCGUGGUCCUGCUCGUCCUGGGGCUGAUCCUGGCUGAGGCCUGUUACAGCCGUCCGAGGGGGGGUGCCCUAGGAGCCUGGAUCCCGCCGUCCAGAGAAGAGAAUCUCCUCAGGGGACAAGCUGCUUCCCCUCGGGGUGCUGAGACACCGGCACAACCCCCCCUGCUCCGAAACACCCCUGCCCCAGAGAAUCCCCCCCAGCAGCUCCCAAUCUGACAGUGGCACACCAGGAUCGAACCCCCGCUGACUUGUGUGACGUUGUGUGAUGAAGUGGGGGAUUUUCUUGUUUUUUCCUUGGUUUUCCAAUGGUUUGCAUGCAGAGGGGGUGGGACUCAGUGCUACUCAUUUAACAAGGGAAGGGGAGAGGGAGUUUUGUUGUUGCAGAGAACCAGCGAGGGAACUUGGGACCCCAGCCAAUGGCCUGGAGGAUGGAGACCCCAGUGACUGGGGACCUGGUGAC